AUGAGUCGGAAACGCGGAGCGGGCGACACGCUGUUGUCCGGCGACGUCGGCCGUCAUUAUGGAAAAUACGAUCUCGACCGAGUCGGUCUCUUCGACGAUGCACCGCCGGGCCCGUUCGACAUGUAUCGAGGGCCCGAGGUGGAAUUUCGUGAGGCCAAAGGACGUCAAAUCCUCGCCGGACCUUCCAAAGUGCUCUUCGAGGAGAAAUUCGAGCGAAUCUUUCAAGGCGAAGCACUCAGUGGAGUGUGGCGCGAUGGAGCGGCGCAGCGGUUACUAGACGAGAAGAAGAUCCGCCGACAUCGUAUGCUACCGACAUCGCCAUCGAAGAAGCACUCGACUCCCGGAGAUUGGUAUGGAUGUUUCGAUAAGCCUUCUUACCUCAGUCCGCUGCCGAAGAUGGAAACGAAAAAAAAGCUGCCGGCUCUGCCUAAUAUGAAGAUCAAGCCGAAUCCGCUUGGCGGGCCGGGAUACGCGAAUAUUUGCUUCAGUCCUUAUCCAACGUAUUUCCACCAUCCUUACGAUCACGUUGCGGAAGGAAUACUUCGUCAAAGGGCGAAACACGUGGGCCGAUUUUUGACAUCCAGUGCAACGUCGGAUUAUUUCCCUCCCAAUCCGUACAAAGCAGUGAGUCUAGGACCUACUUACGUGCGUCCGGGCGAAAUUGCGAAGCCAGCCCAGAAGAUGCGUUUCUACGUCCCUUUCCCGAAGGAACCGGGCGGAAGUCACGCUGGUUGCUUCAGCAAGUUCCCGGAAUACGUGAGCGAAUCUUACGCUCGAGAAAAAGCUAAGAUCGAGCCCAAGUUUAUAAGCGGCGGCUCGUCCACACGGUCGAAAUACACGAGCAGUAUCAUCGCGCGGAUAACAAGUGUAUCAUGCAAUGCGCUCAAUUACACGGAAUAUCGAGAACGAGCGUAUCCGCCGCAACGCCGAGAGAAGGAAAAUUGUUCAUUUGCGCGAAAAAUCUCUCGAAUUUAA